AUGGCGGUGCACAUCAACGCCGCGAAGAUCAGCGACGGCACCGGGCGCGAUACGUAUAUUGACCGCGUGGACGAGGUACAGCGCGGCCGCGAGAUGCUGGUGACCAUGUCGCCCACGAGGAUGUUCAAGCACUGGGACCUUCGCUCGCCGUCGCCCCCGCGCUCCUCGCCGAACGGCCUGACCAUGGCGGACAUGAUGCGCACCAAGCGGCCCUGCUCGCACUCCCGUGGCGGCAGGGGCUGGCAGCCCAGCCUGAACCUGGACGACUGCCGCCGCACGCAGCAGUCGCUCGCUUACUCGAUGCGGUCGUCGUCCCGCGCCUCCUCGGUGGGAGGCUCCCGGCGCCGAUCGCCGCUGGACGUCGCGAUGCAGGAGUCUGCGUCGCUCUCGGGGUCCCUCCGCAGCACGCAGUCCCCGAAGAGCGGCUGGCCGCAGAGCCCCCUCGCCACGGCCAUCCGCGCCGGCCGGCGGGCGGACCGCAGCAGCCCCAGGAGCGGUGGCACGACCAGCAUCGCAUCUGCCUCCAGGACACUGAGCAUGUUCCACACGCACAGCGGCGCCUGGAGGCCGGCGUCGUGCGCGUGA